AUGAAGACGCCAGCAGAAGUAGCCCAUGGACCUAUGCUCAUUGGCUUCGUCUGUAAUGUCCUUCUCUAUGGGAUCAUGAUCACUCAGGUCUAUCUCUACUACAUGAAACUCUAUGUUGCUGUACUAUUUUUUGCUGACACCCUGAACACGGUUUUCGACUUUGUGUACAUGUACAGGUCUCUCAUCAUGCAUUUUGGCAAGUUACCGACUUUUGGGUGGACGACACUGACGCAUCCCUUCUUACAGGGUAUUAUCGCCCCUAUGGUCCAAGUGUUCUUUGCGUGGAGAGUUAAAAUCCUAACGAACAAUCAUUGGCUCGUCUUUAUUAUAAUCUUAGCUACUCUGGCAGGAGGAAGCGGUGGAAUAGCAACAGCUGUGGAAGUAGGCUUCCAGCCUCACUUCACAUUAUUCCGCAAUUUCAAGGCUGUUGUGAUUCUCUGGCUUGCUGCGGAUUGCUUCGCCGAUAUCUUCAUUAAUGUCAUGGUGGUCUGGCACCUUGAUCUAGUCGACCGUAUUAUACGCCUUACGGCGCAGACUGGCCUCAUCACAUCAAUUUGUGCCCUAUUAGAUUUGAUUUUUUUUUUGCCUGGUACCCACCUCAUCUUCAACUUCCCGCUCUCUAAACUGUAUACCAACUCCAUGAUGAGUAGUCUUAACUUUCGUGGCGAAUGGAAAUUUGGCGGAGAAGUAGCAUACGGUAGUCAAGGAGAUUCUCUCCCCUAUAUGAUGCCUUCUACCGAGCAUCACAAACCUGAUGUCAAUUUGGUCAUUCAUGUUGAGUCUCAUGAAAUUUCUGGCGCAUGCCUGUGUUUCACACCCUCGAAGGCCUGUUCACGGCAUUGA